CGGGUUUAUUCAGGAUGUUUCAUUCAACCAGAACAUGCACAAAUAAAUCACUUCAAUACUUAAUAUCUCCUUCUACGCCCCUGAGCAGAGCUACGGAAAUAGGAGGCGCUUAUUAAUGUCUAAGUAGGUGAUUACAUCAUAUUAUCAACGUUAUGAUAUUUAAACUGUGUAUGCUGAAAAUAUUGAUUACUGCAGCUGAAGUCACUUUCAUGAAAAAAUUCUGAUUACUAUACAUAUGGUUUUGGCUAGUAUGGAUAUUAAACGAAUGAGAUCAGUGUUAGUAUGCGUUACGUGCAUAGUCUUCAUGCCAGGAUACGCAUAUGAAUUGGAUUCUGAUGUUGUAUUUGAAAUAUUUUCCAGACUAGAUAAGGUUAUGAAGGAACAGAGAGAACUAAGGCAUAGUUUAGAUGUGGCAGUUGGUAAUAUGAUACAUCAGGCUGACAUAGACGAAAUCAGCAACAAGAUGGAAAAGCAAGCGGACAAAAUAGUCAUGUUAGAAGAAGCCAUCAACAUGGUAGAAAAGCAGGCUGACAGAAUAACGAAUCUAGGAGAAACCACCAACAGGAUUGAAAAGAAAGUGGACAACAAAAUCUCCAGUUUAGAAAAAGCCAACAACAAGAUAAAAAGGCAGGCUGACAGAAUUUCGAAAUUAGAAGAAACCGUCAAAAACAAGGCUAAUGGAGUAGCAAGUAUUGAAAAUGAGGUGCAAAAACAGAACAACCGGAUAGCAAAACUAGAAAAUAGUACCUUGAACAAUGAAAAUUCGUAUGACGAGAAACUGUCAAAUUUCACAAACGAGGUGAAAUUGCAAAUGUCAUCAUUGAAUGCUUCACAAAUUUCCUCAUUUGACAUGAUUUUAAAAGUCACUGAAAAAACUUUAAGUGUUGCGCUGACAGAUUACUCUAGUUACAUGAAUGAUACCUUUUUAAACUUAAAACAAGAAAUCGUAACAUCUGCUAAUGAAACUGAACGAAAACUAAAAACUCUUCAAGGAAAAACAGACCAUUACAGGAAAACUUUGAACGAUGCUAAUGGUGCAAUUCAGCAACUGAAAACCAAAAUUGUGAACGUUGAAUCAAGACAAGAAACGCUUCAAAAGAAAGUAGAUAAAGAAACGGACCAUUGCACGAAAACUUUGAAAACAACUAAUGGUGAAAUUCAGCAACUAGGAACAAGAAUGGUGAACGUUGAAACAAGACAAGCGAUGCUUAAGGAGAAAUCGGACAUUCACACAAAAACUUUGAAUACAAAUAAUGGUAAAAUUCAGCAGCUGAAAACAAGAAUUGGGAAAGUUCAAUCAAGACAAGAAACGCUUCAAGAGAAAGUAAAUAAAAUAUCGGACAAUUAUACGAAAACUUUGAAAACAACUAAUGGUGAAAUUCAGCAACUAGAAACAAGAAUGGUGAACGUUGAAACAAGACAAGCAACGCUUAAGGAGAAAUCGGACAUUCACACUAAAACUUUGAAUACAAAUAAUGGUAAAAUUCAGCAGCUGAAAACAAGAAUUGGGAACGUUCAAUCAAGACAAGAAACGCUUCAAGAGAAAGUAGAUAAAAUAUCGGACCAUCAUACGAAAACUUUGAAAACAACUAAUGGUGAAAUUCAGCAGCUAGAAACAAGAAUGGUGAACGUUGAAACAAGACAAGGAAAAAGAACGGCUUUCACGGUAUAUGAUGCGUCUCGACAAACUAGUGGAAUAUUAAAUUUCACGAAAGUAAAACUGAACGAAGGGUAUGUCUUUGAUACAACAACAGGACAGUUCACGAGCCCGUAUGCGGGAGUAUACGGAUUUACAGCGAGUAUCAUUGAAACUGGUAGUGGUGAUAAUUACAUACACUGUCGCAUUAGAAAGAAUGGUUCUGAUUACGUCCAUGUGAUUUCUCGACAGGGUGUAAUAGACGACGAGCGUGUAACAGACGGCCGGGUAGCAGCUACAGGUACCGCUACACUACGUCUAGCGAAAAAAGAUAGUGUAGAUGUCUGGUGUCACAAUCGCACUGGAAUUAACCUUGGCUGGUCUUCAUUUAGUGGCUUUCUUAUUACUCCUGACCCAUAAGAUCAUAAUAUUAUUAGGUUAUUAACAUUGUUCUGUACAAUACGGAGAAAUACCAAAUAUAUCUCGUAUUGUACAGUGCAAUGUUGAAUAAACUUUUUAUUCUAUAUAUAUUUUAUCUAAGUUUAAAUUAGAAAAUGUUUCACUGAAUAUUGUAUUCUUGUCAUUUCUGUAUUUUCCCAGCUUGGUAUGAGUGCAAAUAUAUAUUAUACAGAAUAAUGUUAGGUCUUAUAACCUUUUUAUUCUAUAUUCUGUAUUUAUUUCACUUCAUACAUAAUAUACGUAAUUCAUUGAAUAUUGUUUUCCUGCAUAUCAGUAUUAAAUAAAUUAUAUGGUGCAACCUCCCUACAACAGACAUUUGGCGAUUUGGGUUGUUAUAAUACUUGGCUGAGAUAUUAUGCCAACAAACAUUGUCAGCAAGUUUGAUGAAGUUCGGAUGAAAACUGUUCGACUUAAGAGAGCGAACGGACAAGGAUGAAUUUAUUCCCCCUUUUUCGUUUAAUUCAAGGACCAUAAUCAAAGAGUCCCUGGUACAAUUUGGCUGGUUAUCGAAAAUGGCCUAAAUGUUAUGCACACAAACAUUGUCAGCAAGUUUGGUGAAGAUAGGAUUAAAACUGAAUUGAGAGCGGACAUGUUUUGGAUGCCAAACGCCUGUCCGCUGCCAUUCAUAAUCUUCUCCGUUUUGUUUCUUAACCGUUAAAUAAAAGCUUCUGAGGUAGCUUUUCAGAAAGUCAGUGCCGAUCUCUUCUAAUUUCUUAGUUUUGCCGAGAACGGCUUCUUUUUGAUAUGUACUGUAUUUUUAGGGAUUUUUUAUUAUUAACGAACGCGUUUAUAUCUAAAUCACAUAGUAUUGUCAUCACUUGAAUCGUUUUUGUGUGUUGUAAAAUAAGAAAGAACAUAGUUAUUUAAAUCAUUAUUUAUGAUUCUUGAAAUCAAUAUAUUAUAUGUUUUAUCAAGACAUUAAGUGCUUACAAUACUUAAACAUUUUGUAUUUUAAUCUCUGUAUUUAAAAUCACUUUCAUGUAGUGUUUUAUUUAAAACAUGACGUUCAAAAUAAUAAAGUAAAAUAUCAUGAGGAGAAAAUUAUAAUGUCAUGUUAACUGACACCAUUAUGUCAUACCUAUGUUCGUACAUUGUAUGUUUGCCUGAUGAAGUAUGUUAAAUCUACUGGUGAAGAAGCUGAACCAAGUUUUAAAUACCUUACAGAUGAUGAGAAAAUAGUGCUUUUAAUCUCUAACAAUGAUAUGGUAAAAUGUAUAACCAAUUAAUUAUCACCUUUGCGUGUGAAUUUUGUUUUAAAAAUAAAUAAACUAUAUUUAGAACCACCAAAGCUAUGUUUUCUUACAAUAAAUAAUUUUUCAUAGAAAUAGUUUGUCCUUUGUGGUC